ACUACAUUAUUGUCAAACGUAUUGCUUGUACGGUUUCACCCUAUCAUUGGUUGCACAGCUGUUCUUCCACAUCGGCGAGUGUCCAGAAUUGUAUAAAUUGGCAGCUGCAAGCAAUUGCUGUAUCCAGUACAUCAGAAGAGAGAAGAUGGAUCUGCAGGACGUUUCUUCAUGCGGUUGCACGUUCAGCGACACCUCCUUUCUGGCCGGAGUGUGUGGGGCUGGCUUCACUCUGUUCAUGAGCUUGGUGGAGUACCUUCUGAGGAACCAAUGUGACAUCACUGACCCCUGCCGCAGAUUCGGAGCCAAGACUGCCCCAAACACGGCGACCAAUCAUUAUGACUUCAUUGUAGUGGGCGCCGGGGUGGCAGGUCCUGUGGUUGCAUCUCGUUUGAGUGAGCUCUCGGAAUGGAACGUCCUGCUACUGGAAGCAGGUCCAGAAGAACCCAGCAUAACAUCAGUGCCUGCGUUUUCAGUGAGCGCCGUAGGGACUGUUCUUGACUGGAAAUACGUUACUGAGCCAUCGUCACAGGCGUGCUUGAAUAAUGGUGGACGAUGCAAAUGGCCUCGAGGCAAAAUGGUCUCUGGAACUUCAGGGAUGCAAGGGAUGAUGUACACGCGGCCCCAUACCUCAAUUUUGGACGACUGGGGUAAGGAUAAUCCGGGUUGGAGUUCAGAGGAACUUCUGCCAUACUACAUCAAGUCGGAAAAUAAUUUGAACCCCGAGCUUGUUGAACCCGGAUACCAUGGAUUCAGUGGUCCCAUGGUCGUGCAACAAUUCCCUUCACGCCCCCUUCUUGCCGAUGUGGUAGUGGAGGCAGGGACGCAGUUGGGGUACAUAAAUGGCGACCUAAACGGACGCAACCAGACCGGAGUGGGCGUCGCCCAGAUGAUGGUUUACGAAGGCCUGCGAGCGAGCACAGCUCGGAUGUACCUGCGCCCCUUCCUCAACACAAGAGGAAACCUCAAGGUUGCAGUGAAUUCGCAAGUAACCAAGAUUUUGAUUGAUCCUGAUACGAAGAUAGCCCGAGGAGUGCAGUAUAUCGAUCAGGCGGGCAACACGCAGACAGUGUAUGCACUCAAAGAGGUCAUCCUCUCAGCUGGAGCUAUCAACUCGCCCCAGCUGCUCCUCUUGUCCGGAGUGGGGCCGCGUGAAGAUCUGGAAGUUGUUGGCAUAGACACCAUCGUCGAUCUUCCCGGUGUUGGGCAGAACUUGCAGAAUCACGUAGCUGGAUCUAUUGGCUUCUACAUGAACGAGUCUGCCACGGAUUCUUUGACCCUGGAAUCUCUCAGAGAGUUCAUUGGAAACCGCACGGGUAACAUGGCCAGCACGGGACUUACCCAGACUACGCUCCUCAUGACAUCCAAGUACGCUAAGGAUGGUGUGUCAGACCUACAGGUAUUCUUCAAUGGAUACUCGGCGAAGUGCUCCAGGUCGGGUGCAGCUGAGGAGUGCGAGAGCACAGGUAAACUUGAGAACUGUCCCAAGAGGCGUCUGUUGGCUCGUCCAACUCUCACUAUACCUGAAAGUAGAGGUUACUUGAAACUGAAGAGUUCCAACCCUCUAGACUAUCCCCUCAUGUAUCCACCGUACCUGCAGACCCAGCGUGAUGUCGACAUUCUUGUGGACGGUAUUAAACUGAGCAUCAAGUUGGCCAACACACCGGCCAUGCAGAAGUAUGGCCUCACAGUGGACACGACGCCAGUCAAAGGUUGCGAGAGCUUUGACUUUGGCUCUGACGAGUAUUUUGCUUGUGCCGUGCGCAGGGAAACAGGCGCAGAGAACCACCAGGGAGGUACAACCAAGAUGGGUCCCGCUGAAGAUAGCAUGGCAGUAAUAGACAACCAGCUCAGGGUACAUGGAGUUAAGAAUAUCAGAGUAGUGGACAUGAGUAUCUUCCCGACGUUGCCCAACUGCAAUCCCACAUCUGUUAUCAUAAUGGCGGCGGAGAAAGCGUCCGACCUCAUUAAGAAAGCCUGGGAAGGCGAGGCCCGAGAACGCACUGUGUGAAACUUGAUCCAUUUUUAAAGGCUAAAUAUAAAGCUUCAUCGCUGUUGGUUGUGGUUUGAAUAAGUACAGGUUCAGAUAUUUGUAUCUUGUGUAUAUGAGAUAUUGUGUCAUUGUCAUUUCAUGUAAUUCGAAAGCAAACUCAUGAGAUCGGUCUGUAAGUUCCUGUCCGUCUUCAGUAGCAGUACCACGAUGUGGAACAAACAAAAUUCUACUCCGGCUCGCAACCCGUAAUUGUUACAAUAUGCAUUGUAUCUAUACAUUUCCUUUGGAUGUCGCUGUUUCCCUAAUCCAGUCAAUAAUUCAAACCAAUAUAUAUAUGAAUUAGGUUAACCAUCAACACAACAAAUGUUGUGCUUUUAAUGUUUCACAAUUCUACUUUUUAUUUCUGCUGCAUGUUUUGGUCGUACAAGACCAUCAUCAGGAAUACGUUUAGUUACUGAACUACUGAUAUGGAUUCAUAUCAGUGUAACGUGUCGUAUAUAAUUACCUGAUGCUGGUCUUCUACGAACGAAACAUGUAGAAGGAAUAAAAAGUCGAAAUGUAAAAUAUUAAAAGCGAGUAUAUUUCUUGUGUUGGCGGUUAACUAAAUUCAUAUAUAUAUAAUUCAUUUCAAAAUGAAGAGAUGCGAAAGCCAUUUUGGAAUAAAAAAUAUUCCCAAUUUUCCUUGUUGGUUCUUGUCAUGUUCACAGAAGUUGCUAGACCUACGUCUCAAUAGAAUUUCACUGGGAAAUAUACCCGUUACAUAUCGGCGUGACCAGUGAUAUAUUUCCAGAAAGAAUACUUACUUACUUACUCAAGGAGCUGAACCCUUCUGGAGGAGCUGCCAAUUCUGCAGCUACUCAACAAUUUCC